AUCUUUCUGCCUUCAAUAGCCAGCCGUCCGGGUUCUCACCAUCAAAGCUGGAGAGUUCGAUGCGCCGAGUCCGUAUGGAGCUGUUGUAGUUGGGCGGUAACCUCCAGAAGCCGAACUGGUACCGCCGAAUUUAUUGGGUCUCUCCGAAUCUAACUGCCGAGCCCCGUCGUCAAUCACCGUGGCUUUUCCCGAAACCGUCGACUGGUCCCGACCGUCGACCACCAGCGCCGGGCGACGCUACUCUUGGCUGCGAAGGAACUGAUCUAAGCGGGUGACCAGUGUGGCCAUCCCUUGCUCCAGUUCAGCUUAGGGUACUCCAUAAGCAGAUAAUAUUCUUAACAUGGUACUGGCUACACUUUACUAGACCUCACUCUUUUGUCAGCCUAUAAACCAAUUGAUGGAGAUAGAAGCUUACAAGGAAAAUGAAGAAAGCAUGCCAGGCAUUGAGGAAGAUUUGCAUGUUUUAAAGCCGGUAUCCCAGGAUGAUGCUGGUGAGGGUCUGCCCUAUGGUCCUGCGAAUUGGCCGAAGCCUGGAGAUAAUUGGGGUUGGCGGGUGGGAAAGAGAGUUGCUCGAAAUGGGUUCUUUCUUGAUAGGUAUUUGUAUCUUCCCAAGCGUCUUCGUAAAACUGAGGCUUCCGGUCGUAAGUUAGGUUUUGCUAGUAAGCUUUCAGUUGAACGCUAUAUUCAGGAAAACUUUCCUGGUGUUGAUGUUGAGGCAUUUUUUGCAUCAUUCAGUUGGAAAAUCCCCUCAAAAGCAGCAUCAUUAACAAAUGGUAAUGCAACAUGGAGCAAUGCACAUCUACCUUCUGAAAAGUAUACAGAUGUCUUUGAUUCUAACUCUGAUACAGGAGGUUGUAAGGCUAGAAAUAAGAUGUGCAACAGUCUCGUGGAGCAAGUAGAAAAUUCUCCCUUACCAGUCAUGCCUUGUGACAUCUGUUGCGCUGAAUCUCGAUUCUGUCGUGAUUGCUGUUGUAUUUUGUGUUGUAAGACCGUAGAUUAUACCUACGGAGGCUACAGUUUCAUCAAGUGUGAAGCAGUUGUGGGAGAGGCUUAUAUCUGUGGGCAUAUUGCACAUAUUGACUGUGCUCUACGAUGUUACCUGGCGGGGAAGGUAGGAGGAAGCAUUGGGUUGGAUGCCGAGUACUAUUGUCGACGUUGUGAUGCCAAGACAGAUUUGGUUCCACAUGUUACUAGGCUAUUGCAGACAUGUGAAUCAAUUGAUUCUCGAGAUGACAUUGAAAAGAUUCUAAAAGUUGGUAUCUCCAUUUUGCAUGGAUCACGGAAAACUAGUGCAAAGGGGUUGUUGAAUCGUUUUCAGUUGGCUGUUGGAAAGCUUGAACACGAGACUCAUCUUGAGGAUAUCUGGAAGCUGGAAGACAGCUCAUCAGCUAAUUCUGAAGAUAUCUCUAAUGGUGGGGAUGUUGCACUGGAUCUUGUAAACCAGCAAGACCCUCUGGAUAUUAUUCAAACGGACAUGCAGAACGUAUCUGUAUCUUUUAAUUGGAAAACUGAAUCUCUCAAACUGGAAGAAGAGAUUGAUCAAGUUUUGCAGUCCUUGAGAAAGUCACAGGAGACUGAAUAUGAAUUGGCAGAGGAGAGGCUUUAUACUCAGAAGAAUUAUCUCUCUAAUUUGUUCCAGCAACUCGAGAUUGAGAGAUCUGCAUUGACCCGUCAUGUAUCAUCAACUGACCAAGAUGACUUGCUGAGUGCUGUCUUCAACCGAGUGAAUCAGAUAAAACGGGAACUGAUGAAACUCAAGGAAAUGGAAAAGGUGGCGAACGGAUUUGGAAGAACUGCUAGAGGCAUUCUGGAGGAGCACUAUGGUAUGGAUAUUGAGGGGUGAAGUGUAGUGAACCCUAUAUGUUACGCAGUUUGGAUUACUGGGUUAGUCGUCAAAUUUUGGCCCAGAACUUUCUUCUAAUUUUUCUUUUUCAAGCUGAUCGUCCAUGUAACUUUUCAAGCAUGUCAGAGCUCUUAGGUUUCUGAUACAUUCAUCAUUAACAGCUAUGGCUUGUGAUGAACAAAACCAAAGAGUGAAAUUCUGUUGAACAAAGCGAAAGGAGUAGUAUGUGGAGGUUGUGGAUUUUGAGUACUUGGAAUUACAAAGCCCUUGUCAAGUGCAGAGAUCGUUGAGCAUGGCUCAUCAAUUUUGUCUCCCUGCUGCUAUGUGAGUGAGCCGACCCUCUGCAAUUUUCAAUCCAGAGGUAACAGUUUAAACAGGAGAACAUUUUGUUUUGUGGUGGUUGUAUUGUUGAAAGAUUAUGGACAUUAUUUCAAAUUCUGUCACUUCUCAUUUGUUGAGUAGUCAUCUCAAUUUGAAGCCUCAUUUUUUGUUA